UCUCCCCUUCCCCGCCUCUCUCCCCUUCCCCCAGGGUGAUCACUGUGAGAAGUGCCAGCCUCUGUAUGUCGGGUCUGCUGUAGCUGGUGGCCUGUGUCGACCGUGUAGCAGCUUCUGUAACAACAACAGCCACAUCUGCAUCAUGAGGGAGCAGUACGAGAGGGCCAAGGCUAACCCUGAGAAAUACACCCUGGAACCCCACAAGAUCACAGGCUGGCUGGACGAGGGACCGUGGGAAGAUAAUGCUGUCUGUGUCCAGUGUCAGAACAACAGCUCGGGGGAGCACUGUGAGUCUUGCCUGGACGGUUUCUUCCUGCUGGAUGGGAAAUGCACCAAGUGCCAGUGUAAUGGUCACUGGGACAGAUGCCGGGUGACGGAUGGUACCGAGUGCCAGUGUCAGAACAACACAGAGACCAGCUGCCCGACGGCACAGACCGACAAGAGGGACUGCUACAAAUACCAGUGUGCCCGCUGUAAGGAGAACUUCCUGGGGAACCCAACCAAUGGGCGGCAGUGCUACAGGCAGAUCACUGUGGAGCAGGAGUACUGCUUUGACCCGACCUCCCAGAGUAACUGUUACCAUGAGCCCAACAUCAAGAACCUGCCUCUGGGCCGCAGUGUGCUGUUUGCCGUCCAGCCCAAAUUCACCAACGUUGACAUCCGCAUCACCAUCGAUGUCACCUUCGGGGGCGUCGACAUCUACAUCUCCAACUCGCACUCUGCCUUCACGGUGAGCGUGGACCCGGGCACCGGCUUCCACCGGGUACUGGUGGGAGACCCCGAAGCGCGGAGGGAGGCGCCUAGCCUGAGGCGGAAGCGGGCAGCCGUCCACAAUGCCAGUGUGGCACUGCCCGAGGGUCUGGAGCGGGUGAGGGAGGAGCGGGCGGAGGGCCUCACCACCUACGUGACGGUGGGCAGCCGGUACACGGUGCUGGUGGUGCGGGCGGUGAGGGAGAGGCUGGUGGUCACCUACCCUUAUGAAUUGCACGCCCUCAAGACCCAGCGGUUCUUCAUGGUGCUGCUGGGCGUGGGCAACGGGGAGACGGGUGAAUCCCAGGGCCUACUGUUCUUCCGGCAGGACCAGGCCCACAUUGACCUGUUUGUCUUCUUCAGUGUCUUCUUCUCCUGCUUCUUCCUGUUCCUCUCGGUCUGCGUGCUCCUCUGGAAGCUCAAACAGUUUGUCAACUUCCAGCAGGAGCAUCGGCGCCACAUCCAAGAGAUGAACAAGAUGGCGAGCCGCCCAUUUGCCCACCUGGCUGUCUACCUGGAGCCUGACCCUGAGCUGCUGCUGCUGCCCCUUCGCCAUCAGCUGGGGCACAGGCUGAAGGCCCAUAGGAGCCCAGACGGGAGCCUCCUGCCCCAGCUCCUGGGCCUGGCCCAGCCCGGAUUCCGGGUGGGGCCCAUCACCCUGGAACCCACCGACGAUGGCAUGGCCGCAGUGGCCACCCUGAUGUGCCAGCUCCCCGGGGGUCCCCUGGCCCCAAACAGGGCCUGCCUGGGCUCAGCCCUGGUCACCAUUCGGCACAACCUGCAGGAAUACUGCAGCUCGGCAUAUGGAGCCAGCAACUCCCGGAAGGUCGGGGGAGGGGGGGGCAUCAGCCAUGACAACCUCACCAGCAUGUCCAUGUGAGCUGGCGCUGAGAGGGGGACACCGAUGG